AAAAGCGCUAUAUAAAUAAAAUUGAAUUGAAAGUUAUAACCUGAGAAGAAACUGUGUAAAAUUAGUAAUUGAAUAAAUGUAGUGUGAAUGGGAUACUUACUCAGUUACAGGUCAUCAAAUAUAUUCACUAUGCAGCUAACUCUCUGAGUUCAUCUUGCUUUGACUUGUUACAGGAUGUGGGUAAACUGGUAGGAAAGCUGCUAUUCUAACUGAAGUAGCCUUAAACUGCAACCUCAAACACAAUAAUACACAGGUACACACAUACACAUAAAUCUGCUCUCAGCCUUUAGACAAUUCACCACCACCACAAAAAAAAAAGAAAAAAAUGACUGUUGAUCAAGGUGUUGGCCACUUUCUACGGACACCUUGUAUGAAAUGCAUGAUGUACAUUUCACAGUUUGGGAUAUUAUUGUGCUUUCUGAUGGCUUCAAACGCAUUGGACCACUGCAAAAGUUGUGAAGGUGCUACACUGUUCACAAUCAAUGCUUCUCUGAAAUCUGAAGUCUUCCUGCCCUGUUACUUUAAAACAAGCCAAAACACAACUAAUAAAACUGAGCGAGGGAGAUGGGGACACUUUUCAAAUUUCCUAACAAUCUCACAAGAUGGGAAUAUCGUCUUUGAUGAUCCUAGAGAAGGACGUGUGACUGUUUUUCCCAUCCUAGCUGCCGGAGGAAACUUCUCCAUCAUUAUUCAUGAUCUACAGAUCUCAGAUUUUGGCACGUACUGUUGUGAGCUGAACAGGGAAUGCUGCAGAGUGAAGAUCACACAAUCAGCCCAUCCUGAAAAACAUGAGUUAAACCCCUGGAUAUUCUUUGCUGCUGGGGCUGGAUUGUUUUUUCUGAUUUUUAUUGCAUUCUACCUGUUUUCAAAAUUCUGUGGUAACCAUACACAAGAGACACAGAAUAACCAAAACAGCAGCAGAGGUCGAAGCAGAGAUGCAACUGUUUAUGAAAACCAAGCACAUGCACCGAAUCAAACUGGUGUGAACCAAAAUCCACAAAGAGCUUUCAGACCGGUUCCUGAGCCAACUACAAGUCAGCAGUCAGAUCCAAAGCCAUACUAUGUCAACCAGGCAGAACUCUCCAUUUCAAGCAACGCUGGCCAAAAACGGAAAAAACAGAAACAUUUCCAGUUCAAAAAUCCAAUCUAUGCGGAUUGAAGUUGAUCAACAGACAGAUUGUGGCAACCGAAUCCAGUUACACAAAAUACAGAAUCCACAGAUUAAAGUCUGUGUAACAUAACUGUUCAUUACGAAUCAUUGAAAAUAUGUCAUUAAAUGGAAACUUUUUUAUGGAAAAUCAUUAGUAUUUGUUGUUGCAUCUCUCUCUCUCAAAAAAUGCAUUUGUUCAGUGAAAUGGGCAAAUCAUUGAAUAAAAAAAUUCACUGUUGUUGUCUUG